UAGCAGGCAUCCUUUGGCUGGCAUUGUGGUGGCUGGCGCGCCAGUCGCAGUCGACUCGGUUUUGUUGUUCGUGGAAGCAAGUCGCAGGUGGGCGCCGCCGAGCGCGGCCGAAGUUAGCCGAGUGCGCCCGAGGGCCGAGCGGGCGAGAAGGCCGUAAGCGCCGCGCUGGCGCGGGCUCGCGAGCGCCGAGCGCCGAGCGCCGUCCGCCGACCGACCCGACCAGUCUACGAUCGGCCUCCAUCCUACCCGGUUGUGUAAGUGACGGCGUAAACUACAUUUUGACAGUUGUUAUCGUGAUCGUGUGAUGUUUUCAUAUCGGAACUAUGGUGUAUCCCCAUGAAAAUGUGGAGUGAUUUCCAGGGCUCGGGCGGCGGGUGCGGCGCCAAGCGGCGCGGCGGCUCCCCGUGCGAGGGCGGCGGCAAGGUCGCGCGCUGGGAGGACUCGAUAGCGAGGCUAGAGGCGGUGGCCGCCGGCGCCGGCGGCGGGGACUGCUGGCGAGAAGACGAGGAGCGGCGCGCGUGCCGCCGGCGCUGGUGCGGCGGCUGGUGCGGCGCGCACGACACCAUCCGCGCCGAGAACGGCAAGUCCUACCUCGAGCUGGGCGGCGCCGCGGCGCGCGCCUGCUGCGACGGCCGCGCGGCCGGCCGAUGCGCCUCCCGGCGCUGCUACCGGGAACGCCGGCUCAAGAUGAUGAACCUGUGCGCGCUCAAGCUGGCGCGAUUCCGCCAGACGGCGGACCCCUCGCUGCGGCGGUCGGUGCUCGUGUGCAACACGUUGCGAGGCAUCGAACGCGAGAUGGAGCGCGAGAGCGCCGAGGAGGCGCCCUUCGAGUCGGCGUGCGUGCCCGGCGGCGCCGCGCGCUGCGAGCUGCUGGGCGCGCGGGACCCGGCCGCCGGCCGCGCGACGCCCUUCCCCUCCCCGCCGCCGCCGGACCGCGACUCCGGCUACGGCGACGAGGAGCAGCGCACCAUCGACUGGGGCUCGGUGCUGAGCCUGUCGUCCCGGUCGGCGCUGGACCCCCCCGAGGACGCGUGGCCCGACGACUGGGGCUGGAGCGAGGACAGCUUCGUGCGGCUGCUGGUGCCCACGAGUUAGUGCACGGCGCGC